UCCCGAUCACUCGACCACUGCCCGAGAGAUCGAUGGUACUCGACGCCCGGGACGGCGCCGCGCGCACCAACGGCGAGGCCUCCUCUUCCUCCUCCCACUCGACAUCCGGCGAGGAGCAUCCUCUCCCGCCCGUGCUCGGCGGAUUCGUCAACGGCGAUCAGCCGCUGCCGCGGCGCCUCCUGGACUACGCGACGCGCGCCGGUGCGACGACAUGGUGUCCGCGCCAGGCCACCGAGAACGCCGCGCGCCGCCUGGUGGCCUGGACAAGGGAAGGCGGCGCCGUCCACGCGCUCCUCGUCGUAUCUGUUGGAUCCGUCACGUCCUUAGCGCUGGCUGUGCUUCUCUUCUUCACGUUCUUCCUGGUGGCGGCGGCGACGGCCGGCAUCGUCAUUUCGAUCCUCAUGUCCCUGGGUGCAGCCGGAGGGUUCCUGGCCGUCACGUUCGCUUUCCUGGCGGCGAUGUACGUCGGGCUACUGUCGGUUGCCGUCGUUGUUAUUUCGGCAACGACCGUGGCGACUGUCAUUGGCAUUACCAUUGCCACUGGUUGGGCUGCGUUCUUCUGGAUUCUUUGCUUUUCUGCUAAGAAAUGCAUGGACCUUUCUAAGCUCUGAGAGAUCAACUGGCGCCACAAGAUGUGCGAUCGAUCUGGUCGAGCAAAUUUCGUUCGCUUUCUAGGUACAUGAUCUACGGCUAUCUGUAUAGAUAAAUCAUGGCACGGAUGUGCGCCAUGUGAAUCUAGUCUUGUAGCUAGCUCUGUGAACAAUAGCAUACUCUUUUCUACAACAGCAGAAAAUCAGGUAAAGUUCACCAUAGCUAGUCUGGAACCGAUCGAUGCCGGGGCUGCUUCUAAACCGGAUUAAAUUUCAGUCGUGCUACCAGGUUCUCUCAUCGCAGAACUGCAAGCCUGUCUAUAUCUGUUUGUCACAUUGUAAUGGACAAUCAUUUACUUCCAUGGACAACAGCAAGGAAGUAAAACCUA